AUGGUCUCGUCCUCAGAUACACAUUCAAAAAACUCAAAUGGUGAGCAAAAUCACCCGGGCAAAGUUGAUAGCGAUAACACACAAUUGUUGUUGCUGCUGUUGCUGCCGCUGCUGCUACUGCUACUGCUGCUGCUGCUGCCGCCGCCGCCGCCGCCACUGCUACUGCCACUGCUAUUGCCAGAGCAACUAGGCUCUUACGAAAACACGUAUCAACAACAGCAUGACAUCUCAAAUAACCCCAACAAUCAACACCAUGAAUCUAUCAGAAACUUGAUUGCUUCGAACUUCAAACAGCGUUCCUUCAAUUCUGAUUCCAAUUUUGGUUCUGUUUCCAAUUCAGGCUCAGAUUCCGGUUCAGGUUCCAUUUCUCCAAAUUUUUCAGCUUUAAUACGGCGACAUCAACAACUACUACUACAACAACAACAGCAACAGCAACAGCAUACCCCACAAACACAUUCACAGCUAAACCCCGCUUCAUCUUCUACCACCACCACCACCUCUCAUGCAAACUUAUCACCGCCACCACUACCAAUGAAUCGUAAAAAAUCAAAUUCGAUAAGUAAUGCAGUGUUGCAGCGUUCGAGAGCUUUGAAAAAAGUAUCAUUUUCAAAUCUCCACUCAAACGACUCGUCUCAGGUGCUUGAUUCGAGAUCAUCCUCCUCGUCAAGUAUGUCGUUUGAUAAUUCAGAAAACGAUGCUUAUAGUGACGAUGACAACCAUGGUGAAGGGAGAGAAGAAGACACUCAAACUGAAGGAGAGACUGAAGUAAGCAAUCACGAAGGUGCAAACAAUGUUGCAUUGAGCGGUCCUCAUCUGCAAGGACCAAUAGACUCUUCAUCGCUGCUUUCAAAUUCAAAUUCAAAUUCAAAUUCAAAUACAAAUACAAGAAGCAAACACCAUUCUCAUCGCAAGGGAAAUCAUUAUCUUCAUUAUCAAAGAGGAUUACAAAAUUUUAAUAGAGCCCAAUUUACCACCAGCGCUACACCGCCUCUGGCUAGUGUAUCGCCAAAUAUGUCCUCGGCAUCAUUGUAUAAGAAGGUCCCAAGACCAUUGUCACCAAACCAAAGCAAGCUAUCAAAGAGAUAUAGUUAUGGCGGAGAAAGAUUGGCAUUGUCUAAAUCUCUUGAUUCACAAUUAUUAGAACCAAGCAAUUCUAACAUUUCAAUAAGUUCAUUCUUACCAGCAUUUAAUAAAAGACCUUUGACUGAUACGCCAAUUGUUUCACAUAUAGGAUCACCAAUAACUAGAGAUCAAUCAAGCGAUGAUGAUGAUGUAGAAGAAGAUGCGGUUCUAGGAAGAGGAGGAGGAGGAGAAGGAGGAGAAGAAGAAGAAGAAGAAGGAAGAGAAAAGGAAAAAGAAACUGAAAGAGAAAAACACCAAAGACAAAGUGAUAUUGUUGGAGAGACUUACGAGCAAGAGCAAUUGCAACUGCGGCCUAAAAAGGACUCCAACAAUCCUGAUGAAUCAACUAAUAUGACUAAGAAAAUAUCUCAUUUGAACUUGGCAGAAUUAGGACACGAUACAACUUUAUCUCUGAUGUCCUUAUCUGAAACCGAUUCAUUGAACAAAGCAAGGGAUAUGGCUGCCCACGCAGGUGCAUCUCUUGUUGGUACUCAAGAGGAAAUUAUCAGAACAGGCAUUAGACGUCCAACAUUCAAACAGGUUUUACUGGAACCUUUUUCCCAAAAAGAUGUUCAACCGCCCAAAGUAGUAAUUGGAAAUGACGACAACACUUCCGGUCUGAUAAGUCCCAUGAGUUAUAUUUCAGAGUCGCAGAAGAAGAAGGAGAAGGAGGAGAAGGAAAAGGAGGAGACGGAGAGAAAGGAGACGGAGAAGGAGAAGGAGAAGGACAAGGACAAGGACAAGGACAAGGACAAGGACAAGGACAAGGACAAGGAGAAGGACAAGGAGAAGGACAAGGAGAAGGACAAGGAGAAGGACAAGGAGGAGAAGGGGAAGAUAUACGAUGAACGAGAAAGAAAGAACCAGGAAAUAGAAGAAAGACAAUUACAAAUUGAGAAAGAGCAAAUAAAACAGAACCAUAUAUCAGCCGAUCAAUCACCUGUUUCUUCUUUCUCGCCACCUCCUCCGCCAUCUGAAAAUAGGGGAUUGACAAUGAAACAGGAUAUCAAAGACCAUUUACUAAAAGAUGUUCCACCGCACAUGAAAGAGCAAUUUGAAAAAACUCCAUCAAUUGAAAAAUUGAAAACUUUACUAAUGACUAAGCCGCCUCCUUCUGCAAGGAAGACAUACACUUUGAAUAUACCUGGUCAAACAUCGUCUAAGAUCUCACCAGAUGGUAAGAUUGCAUCAGUUGAUAUUGGCUCGAAAUUGGUCAUUGUGAUGGUUGGUUUGCCAGCAAGAGGCAAAUCUUAUAUCACAAACAAGUUAACUAGGUAUCUCAAUUGGUUACAACACGAUUGUCGAGUGUUCAAUGUUGGUAAUACAAGAAGAAAAAGUAAACUCAAUGCAGGGCCUGAGAAGAAUCCAUUACCAGAUGCGGAUACUCCAACAGAUUCACAAUCACCGAACCAAUCGCAAGUUCAGCAAGGUACUGAGCAUGACGCAUCCUUUUUCAAUCCCGAAAAUAAAAAUAGCACUGCGUUGAGAGAGAAAUGGGCUAUGGAUACUUUGGAACAGUUGCUUGAUUAUGUGAUUAAUGGAAGCGGAUCGGUUGGUAUAUUUGAUGCUACAAACUCAACUAAACUUCGAAGGAAAAGGGUGUUAAAGAGGAUUCGAGAGAGAAGCAAUGGAGAAUUAAAAGUGUUGUUUCUUGAAAGUAUAUGCAGUGAUCCCAAUAUCAUUGAGAGUAAUAUUCGCUUAAAAUUGAGUGGUCCUGAUUACAAAAAUAUGGAUCCGGAAGUUGCACUCAAGGAUUUUGUUGGCAGAUUGCAAAACUAUGAAAAAGCUUAUGAAACAAUAGAUGAAGAAGAAGAGAAAAUUCCUGGGUAUCAAUAUGUCAAAAUGAUUGAUGUUGGGAAAAAGAUUGUUAGUUACAAUAUCCAGGGAUUUCUUUCAUCACAAGCAGUUUAUUUCUUAUUAAACUUCAAUUUGUGCGAACGACAGAUAUGGAUUACACGUCAUGGAGAAAGUAAAGAUAAUUUAAGUGGCAGAAUAGGCGGAGAUGCACACUUGACAAAACGUGGAGUGAAAUUUGCUAAAACUUUAGCUAGAUUCAUGAGUUUCCAGCGUCAAGAAUUCAGAAAGCAACAAUUGGAAAGAUUUUCUUCUCGAUUGGAAUUGAAGUAUAACUCCAUAUUCAAUGAAGAUGAUAUUGCUUCUUUAGAUAUGAUACCUACUGAACCAAACUUUUGUGUUUGGACUUCUAUGCUUAUUCGGUCUAUUGAAACUGCGCAAUAUUUUGAUGACCAUUUGUAUUCGGUAAAGCAAAUGAGAAUGUUGAAUGAGUUGGGUGGCGGUAAAUAUGAAGGUAUGACAUAUGACGAAAUUCAAUCGAAACAUCCUAGAGAAUUUGAAGCCAGGUUGUUAAAUAAGUUGACCUAUAGGUAUCCCGGAGUUGGAGGUGAAUCAUAUUUAGAUGUCUUGACCAGACUAAGGCCAUUAAUCACCGAAAUCGAAAGAACAACUGACCAUUUACUAAUUAUUUCUCAUAGAGUCGUGUUGAGGAUCCUAUUGGCGUACUUUCUUAAUCUUGAUAAAUCGGCUAUUGGAGAAUUGGAUGUCCCGUUGCAUACGCUAUACUGUCUUGAAUCAAAACCUUAUGGAACCGAUUACACAAUGUAUGAGUAUGAUGAGCAUUCUGAUUGGUUUAUUAAAGCAGAGCCCGAGCAUCAGACGAAUGUGAAAGAAGUUGGUGUUGUUUUUAAACAACGGAAAUAUUCAGUUGUUCCUACUGCACCACCUAGGAGAAGUCAGCUCACGGGCCAUUCUAGUAUUGGAGAACAUAUUCAACAAUUGAGGCAUAAUCAUGAUCGUGGAGUAUCUUCAUCAUCAUCUUCUUCUUCCUCAUUAAACAAUGAUUGGGGUAAUAAUCAUGAAUUGACAAACAAUGUAAAGAAUGGAUUUUCAUCAAAUUCUCCUAUACUGCCACCACUGAGAAGACCUACUUUACUGGUUAGAGAUGGUGAUGAUAAAGCAAUCACUGCAAAAAAUUUGCAAGAAUUGAAGAAGUUUGAAAAGAACCAUUACUUCUGCUAG